AUGCAGCAGCAGCAGCAGCAGCAGCAGCAGCAGGAGGAGGAUCCCAAUCCCAAUCCCCCGCCUCUGCCUCCUCCUCCUCCUCCUCCUCCUCCUCCGCAGCAGCAGCAGCAGCAGCAGGAGCAGGUAGACACAUCUGUAGAGCGAGAGGAAGCAGCAGUAGCAGUAGAACAACCAGCAGCAGCAGGAGCAGCAGCAGCAGCGCCAUCGCUACCAUCAGCAGCAGCAGCAGCACCACCAGCAGCAGGGAGUAUUUCAGGUGGCGUUCGCGUUCCAUUGAGUUUACGUAGCCAGCUGGAUGCAGCAGCAGCAGCAGCAGCAGCAGCAGCAGGAGGAGGAUCCCAAUCCCCCGCCUCUGCCUCCUCCUCCUCCUCCUCCGCAACAGCAACAGCAGCAGCAGCAGGAGCAGGCUCUCUGUGGUGGCGCCGGAGCGGCUGGAGGCCCCGCCGCGCCACUGCUCUGCUGCUCGCGUUCGCCACGCCUUUGAGUUUCUCCGCAAGCGACGCACACACAGCAGCAGCAGCAGCGACAGCAGCAGCAGCAGCAGUAGUAGUAGUAGUAGUAGCAGCAGCAGGAGGGAGCCAGGGAGCAGCCUGCUCUGCUGCUCGCGUUCGCCACGCCUUUGAGUUUCUCCGCAAGCGACGCACACACAGCAGCAGCACCAGCAGCAGCAGCAGCAGCAGCAGCAGUAGCAGUAGUAGUAGUAGCAGCAGCAGGAGGGAGCCAGGGACCGGUGCGGGGCUGCAGCAAAACGCAGGCGAUCCGCAUGCGAGCUCUUCUGCUGCAAGAGAGGGAGAAACAUCUUUUCAAGGGAUAGCAGCAACAGCAGCAGCAGCAGGAGUAGCAGCAGGAGUAGCAGCAGCAGCAGGAGCAGCAGCAGGAGCAGGAGUAGCAGCAAGAGCAGCAGCAAGAACAGGCAGGAGACAGAGCCGCUCGUAUGGUUUAUCCUGCCCUAGAGAAUGGGAGAGAAACGCCGUAGCCAAUCCCCCCAGCGGCCCCUCUACUCCUCUCUGCUGCGUGUUUCACGACGAAGAGAUGCAGCAGCAGCAGCAGCAGCAGCAGCAGCAGCAGGAGCAGCAGCAGCAGGAGCUGGAGCAGGAGCAGGAGCAGGAGGAAGAAGAGGCAUCCGAGGGCGCACGUUUGGCUUAG